AAGCAACAUGUUGGAAUGGAACAUUGUGCACGCUGCACGCCUCCCUCUCGUCUCUAAUGAAUGAUUCCCAGAGGCGGCCAUUGGCCAAUUGUUUCCAGGACCCCGCAGUGGAUGAAGGGGAUGAGAUGCGGGCUAACUUUUGCAUGACCCCCCCUCCUUGACAAAGACAGUUGCCAUCAAUUGUCCUGCACUCUUUAUUUAAACCAGAGGGGCUUCUUUUUCUCUCUCUCCCCUUGGCACAGAUGCAAGACUUUGAGUCCAUGCAUCUAUAUCAAUAUUAUUUUACAAUUUUUUUUAAAAUCUGAAGUUGUUUUUGUUCUCUCGUUUUUUUUUUUUCAAACGUGCAAGCAGAUGUUUGAGAGGUUUAUUUUUCCGCCUUGAGUGCAAUUAGGGGCAUAUUGAGAGGGGAUGGAAAUUGCUCUUAGUUGUAUGUUUACCCACGCGGGGAGUUGCGUCACCUCCAUUGGCCGACACGGUCACAUGGUCCGCUAACUUUAUUCAGUUGACACCAAAGUAGGAGGGCUUUAUGGAGGGAGGAAGGAAAAAAAAAAGACAACUCGGGAAAAAUUACUAUUUUGUACCUUCACAAAUUAAUGGCCAUGAGUGCGUAUAUGGUCAACUCCAAGUAUGUGGAUCCCAAAUUUCCUCCCUGCGAGGAAUAUUCCCAGAAUAACUACAUACCUGAGCAGGGCUCGGACUACUUCAGCCCAUCGCAGGACACUGACCUGCAGCACCCGGGGAUCUACCCACGCUCCAACUACACGGAGCAAGCGUUCGGCUGCAACGCCGUGCCAGAGCCCGCGGUCCUCGCCAGAUCCGGUCAGCCCAGCCCCUUUGCAGCGGCGACCCAGCCGGGGGAGUCGGUCCACGCGGCCGGAGCCCGGACGUGUGGACCGCAGAACACGACAAAGAGUCCAAGUGGGACCCCAGUCAAGCCGCCAGCGGUCGUUUACCCCUGGAUGAAGAAAGUGCACAUCACCACGGUGAACCCGGAUUACACCGGACCCGAGCCCAAGCGCUCCAGAACAGCGUACACCCGCCAGCAGGUCCUGGAGCUGGAGAAGGAGUUCCACUUUAAUCGCUACCUGACUCGAAGACGCAGAAUCGAGAUCGCCCACACGCUUUGUCUCUCCGAGAGGCAGAUUAAAAUCUGGUUCCAGAACAGGAGGAUGAAGUGGAAAAAGGACCACAAACUGCCGAACACUAAAGGAAGGUCGGUGGUUGCGACCUCCGGUCACCUGCAAAGCCUCCACAAAGACAACCAGACUGAUAUCACGUCCUUAUAAACACCAAGAGAAGCUAACUCUUUUUUUUGUUGCAUUUUUUGCAUGGACUGAAGUCGUUUUUAGACAUUUUUUUUAUUUAAUUAAAGAAUAAAAUCAGUAUUUACCUGAGGCUGGGAAAUAGAACAUCAAAAUAAGUAUUUCUACAGAGCCUCGUUUAUGGUUCACUUUCUGCAAAAAAAUGCACCAUAAAAAUAUACAACCAAACUUUUUUUUUUUUUUUUUGCCUGGAGGACAUAUUUUGUGGAUUUAAUUUCUGACUAUUGAUUUAAGAAAUGAAAUGACACACAAUUUACUUGAAGGAUGUGCAACCAAAAGCACGCAAACUGCUCUUUUUUUUUGUCCCCCCCCCAAAAAAAAUCGCUCGUCUUCUGUAUGUUUUAACUUAUUUUGUUUAUAUUUUGCCUAAAACAUUCCUUCUCGAUCGCCAUUAUAAAUCUCGCAUUGGCGUUUUUAUUUUGUAAACGUGCAUUAUUAUUUUUUUUAUAUUCUUUCUGCAUGCUAUCGAAUUGUUUAAAAUAUUUAGAGAAAAAUAGUGUUUAUUUUUAUUUAUUCGUGUACAUUUUCGUAUCGCACACACGCAUAAUUAAAUGAAUGAUAUGCGGUCAUAAUUACUCUUUUCAAAAUAUACGUUCGUGCAUGGCUUUAUGUAAAGUUUCGUCUUAGUUUUGAUGUGAGAAUGUAUUUUUAUUUCCUUCUUUAUACACAAAGGGUUUAAAAAGUCAUGUCAGGCUUACAAAAAAAAAAAGAGACCGAUUUGUUUUUUUGUUUUCGUUUUUUUUUUGUUAUAAAACCCGUCUUUGUCUCAACACAAGAAAAGGCCCAGAAGCUCUCCCAGGCUCUUGGAGGUCUUGUUGGGGAGGUAUUUGAGGCGAAGGUCGGUGGCAGGUUCAUCCAGGGGACACGUUGGAGCCGCGAGGGAUGACCCCGACACCCCUGACCCGGCCGGACAAGCAGCAUUUUCUCCUUUUUGUUUUUUCUUACAAAAAACAAAAAAACAAAAAAAAAAGAAAGAAAGAAACUCUGUGAAGCAUUCAAAGCAAGUCAGUGCGUGACUUGAAACGCAGAGAUUGUUUUUUACUAUCUCAAAAACUGCACAGUAUAUUUCCAAUAUCGGCGUCAUGUCAAUAUGCAAUGUCUUCUCCUGGUCUUAUUUUUGUACAUGCUUUCUUACCUUGUAAUUGUGCAUCGAGAUGUGAGAAGUAUA